CAUAAUAUAGCGCGGAGAUGUCGUAUGUGGUAAAUCAGUCAGCAAACGGUUACUUGUUAUGUUUAACAGUUGUGCUUGUUCGUACUGCGAGGAAUCGAUGAGUGUUGUAUUAUUUUAAUUCUUUUUUGGGCGCUUUUUUAGUAGCCGCGAAAAUUCGAAAGAUGCAGUUUUAUAAAGAAAAAUUACUUUCACCGGGACAAUUGAAGAGAUUAAGCGAGCACAAAUAUAGUUGCACAACCAAUAGUCUAUUGGAUGCAUUUCUUCAACCCUGGUGGGACUGGUUAGUCAGCAAGGUUCCACUUUGGCUUGCACCAAAUUUGAUCACGGUUUUGGGUCUAAUUGUCAAUAUUGUUACUACAUUGAUAUUAGUUUAUUAUAGUCCUGAUGCUAAAGUUGAGGCACCCAGGUGGGCAUGUUUUUUAUGUGCAUUGGGUUUAUUUAUUUAUCAAAGUUUGGAUGCUAUCGAUGGCAAACAGGCUAGAAGAACUGGUACCUCUACUCCCUUGGGAGAACUGUUUGAUCAUGGAUGCGAUUCAAUAUCGACAGUAUUCGUAGCAUUAUCCGCUUGUAUAGCCGUACAGUUGGGAUAUUAUCCAACGUGGAUGUUCUUUCAAUGUUUUUGUGCGAUGACUUUAUUUUAUUGCGCCCAUUGGCAAACUUAUGUCUCAGGAUCUCUAAGAUUUGGUAAAGUGGAUGUAACCGAAGCUCAGUUCACCAUCAUAGCAAUACAUCUGAUAUCCGCCAUUUUUGGACCGAGAGUUUGGAUGAUGGAGAUACCAUACAUUGAUGGUUUUCUGUUGAAAUAUUUAAUAGGAGUUAUGACAGUGGUGUGUGCUCUGGCAAACUUAUAUUCCAUAUUUUCGGUGAUAUUCACCGGAGGAGUUGGGAAGAAUGGUUCGACUGUCGCUGGAACCUCAGUACUGUCACCAAUCAUCCCAUUUAGUUUCGUGGUAGUGCCAGCAUUCAUUAUUUAUAGAAAAAGUGCUGAGCACGUAUACGAAAAUCAUCCUGCAUUGUAUAUACUUGCAUUUGGGAUGGUUGCAGCUAAAGUUACCAAUAGAUUGGUGGUUGCUCAUAUGACGAAAAAUGAGAUGCAAUAUUUAGAUAGUUCCUUGAUCGGACCAGCCAUGCUGUUUCUUAAUCAGUACUUCAACUUUUUUAUCAAAGAAUACUACGUUCUAUGGCUGUGUUUCAUUUGGGUCACAUUGGACCUUCUGCGAUAUAGCUCUCAAGUCUGCCUUGAAAUUUGUGAUCAUAUGAAGAUAAAGCUAUUCAGAAUACCUGUUGGGGAUCAUCGGAAUGUCGGCCCUCAGCUUAACGUCGCCGAAAAAAAUGAAAUGUCCUUUGUAAACUUUGGAGAUACUGAUAUAAAUAGUUUUGUUCACAGAUCACAUGGUCAUCGAACAGGAACCACUGUUAAACGAAGAUUAUCAUCAUCAUCAUCAUCAUCGUGGCUCUGAUACAACAACCCUCGACAUCUGACGAUUACUACCCCCCUUUCCACCCCCAUAGCGUAUGGUGAUCAUUAUCGAAUAAUGGUACCACACUAACUUAUAUAUAUAUAUUUCAAACUUAAUUUACAAUUUAACCAAAAUAAUGACGAUUGUAUAAAACAUAAGAGAAGUUACAAGAAAUGGAUGAGAAAAUUCUUUACUUAAACAAUUAUGGGGAAGAAGAAGAAGAAACAAAAAGAAGAAGAAGAAGAAGACAAAAAAAAAUAAAAAAAAAACAAAAAGAAAACAAACAACAAAAAAACAAAAGUUAUAUGGUUAAUGUUCAAGGUCGGAUGUGUACAGUAUUUUUUACUAGCGUCGUCGAGAGUACAACAAUAACCUAACCUAACAUAAAAAUAAAAAUAAAAAUAAAAAUAAAAAAUAAUAAAAA